ACAGGAUGUGGCAGUUGCUUCAUCGUCACUGGGCAGGCAGGAAUCCAAAACGCUCCUUUAUGUAUCAGGGCAAACAGUCCUCUUGAAAAGACACUUGAAAAGGAUCUUUCAGGAAUUGUGAAGCAUCGUGUCCAUUGAACAAAGAAAUUAGUGAAUGAGGAUACUGGGCCCCACUUGGUUCAUCCUAUCCAACAGUUCCCUUCCAGCCCAGUACUGGUGCCUGUGCCUCACAAGCGGAAAGCUAUUCCAUCCAUAUCAAUCUUUGAGUCACUCCUUUAUCACCUUUACUUUAUACGCUGAGCCAGAUUCCCGAUUCGGAUCAGCAACAGCAUGUGUCGGCAGACUCCUCCUCCGAGUUUCCCAGCUCAAAUCACCCCACUGAAAAAGGAUCUUGCUCAAGGCUCUCUAGCCCACGCCAUUACACAGGGAGUGUCCCACUCGGGGUAUUCCAGCUCACAACACCCCACCGAGACAGGGUCCCACUCCGAGACUCCCCGCCCACACUAUCCCACCGAGACAGGGUCCCACUCCGAGACUCCCCGCCCACACUAUCCCACUGAGAGAGUGUCCCACUCCGAGACUCCCCGCCCAUACAAUCCCACCGAGAGAGUGUCCCACUCUGGGAUUCUCCACCCACACAAUCCCACCGAGAGAGUGUCCCACUCUGGGAUUCUCCACUCACACCAUCCCAUCGAGAGAGUGUCCCACUCUGGGAUUCUCCACCCACACUAUCCCACCGGGAGAGUGUCCCACUCUGGGAUUCUCCACCCACACCAUCCCACCGAGAGAGUGUACCACUCUGGGAUUCUCCACCCACACAAUCCCAUCGAGAGAGUGUCCCGCUCUGGGAUUCUCCACCCACACAAUCCCACCCAGAGAGUGUCCCACUCUGGGAUUCUCCACCCACACAAUCCCACCGAGAGAGUGUCCCGCUCUGGGAUUCUCCACCCACACAAUCCCACCGAGAGAGUGUCCCACUCUGGGAUUCUCCACCCACACAAUCCCAUCGAGAGAGUGUCCCGCUCUGGGAUUCUCCACCCACACAAUCCCACCGAGAGAGUGUCCCGCUCUGGGAUUCUCCACCCACACAAUCCCACCCUGAGAGUGUCCCGCUCUGGGAUUCUCCACCCACACAAUCCCACCAGGAGAGUGUCCCACUCUGGGAUUCUCCACCCACACAAUCCCACCGGGAGAGUGUCCUGCUCUGGGAUUCUCCACCCACACAAUCCCACUGAGAGUGUUUCCCACUCCGGAAUUCCCUCCUCACACUAUUCCACUGAGAGAUUGUUCUGCUCUGGGAUUCCGCGCUCUCACCAUCCCACCGAGAGAGUGUCCUGCUCUGGGCUACACCAGCCCAUGAGAUGCUGCCACCACAGGCCCACUGCACACAGCAGGGGGAGUCAUUCACCAUGCUUCACAGACCGACUGACUGACCGACUCUGUAGCCACGCUGCCUGUGAAAACACCAUCACCACUGCUCCAGAGCCCAUGGAAGCUGCUUCCUGCCGAAGAGCUCUCUCUACCAGUUGUGACAAACGUAAAUCAGAAUUGGGAACUCUGGGAGCACUGCUGACAAAACGUAUCCAUGAACUAAAGGAGAUUGCAAACAGCAUUGAUCAGCAUCACAAAGGGACAAAAAUAGCAAAUAUCAUUGGAUCUUUACUGAAUGCUGCAGGUGGUAUUAUCUAUUUGGCAGGGCUUAUUGCUGCCCCUUUCACAUUGGGCAUGUCCUCAGUGCUCAUUGCUGUGGGACAAAGCAUUGGUGGAGUUGGCGCUGUGAUCAGUCUGAUAACUGGCAAUGUUGGAUAUGCUACACAGAAAAAAGCAGAGGAGAUCAUCCAGGAAUGUGACAGAAAAACCACAGAAUAUUUGGAAGAAUUCUGCCCUGCUUAUCAGUGCUCAAGUCCUCCCUCUGGUGAUGAAGAUAAUGAAGUCAGUUCAUUCUUUCAAAAGCUUCCAGUGAGAGUACAAAAAUGGAUACAAACAUUGAAGAAAUUGGGAAACCUGAUAGAAAAAUUGAAGAAAUGGAGAAACGAGAUUAGAAGUAUAGUCCAAACUGCUUGUAUUCUCAAUAAAAUUAGAAGUGUGAUUGUAUCAUCCAAACAAGCAAUUAAAACAUUUGCCAACGAAUUAGCUGAACAAAUAGCAGGCCCAAUUACUGUCAUUGCUCAAAAUAUGAAGAAGGAAGUUAGAAAUGUUGUACGCAAAGUCGGUCAAACACCAGGUGCAUGGCAAAGCCUCUCAGGAAUUCUGACAGCAGUUUUUGUAGGGGCUGAUGUUUAUUCUGUGAUAUCGAACUCCAUUGAGUUUUCCAAAGGAACUAACUCUGAAAUUGCUAAAAAGAUACGAAAAGAAGCGGAGAGGAUAGAGGUUAAAUACGAGAGUGUGAGGGAAUAUGUCACUCGACCAUAAGACCAUAAGACAUAGGAGUGAGUAAGGCCAUUCGGCCCAUCGAGUCCACUCCGCUAUUCAAUCACGGCUGAUGGGCAUUUCAAUGCCAUUUACCCACACUCUCCCCUAGCCCUUAAUUCUUUGUGAGAUUAAGAAUCUAUCAAUCUCUGCCUUGAAGACAUUUAACGGCCCAGCCUCCACUGCGCUCUGUGGCAAUGAAUUCCACAGGCCCACCACUCCCUGGCUGAAGAAUUGCCUCCUCAUUUCCAUUUUAAAUUGACCCCCACUAAUUCUAAGGCUAUGCCCAUGGAUCCUAGUAUCUCCGCCUGAUGGAAACAACUUCACAGUGUCCAUCCUCUCUAAGCCAUGCAUUAUCUUGUCAGUUUCUAUUAGAUCUCCCCUCAAUCUUCUAAACUCCAAUGAAUAUAAUCCCUGGAUCCUUAUCAUAUGUUAGACCUACCAUUCCAGGGAUCAUCCAUGUGAAUCUCCGCUGGACACGUUCCAGUGCCAGUAUGUCCUUCCUGAGGUGUGGGGCACAAAACUGGACACAGUACUCCAAAUGGGGCCUAACCAGAGCUUUAUAAAGUCUCAGUAGCACAUCGCUGCUUUUAUAUUCCAACCCUCUUGAGAUAAGAGACAACAUUGCAUUCGCUUUCUUAAUCACGGACUCAACCUGCAAGGCAACCUUUAGAGAAUCCUGUACUAGCACUCUGAGAUCCCUUUGUACUUUGGCUUUAUGAAUUUUCUCACCGUUUAUGAAACAGUCCAUGACUAUGUUCUUUUUUCCAAAGUGCAAGACCUCGCAGUUGCUCACAUUGAAUUUCAGCAGCCAUUUCUUGGACCACUCUCCUAAACUGUCGAAAUGUUUCUGCAGCCUCCCCACCUCCUCAGAACUGCAUGCCUUCCGCCAAACUUCAUAUCAUCACCAAACUUCACCAGAAUGCCCAAGUCCCUUCAUCCAGAUCAUUAAAAUUUUUCAUCUGUGGAGAGAGAAAAAACAUUAUGAGUGUGUGUAUGCAUGCAUCUGUAUAUGUGUGUCUGCAUGUGUGUGUGUGUUGUGAGUGUACAUGUGCCUGUAUCUGUAUGGAUGUAUGUGUCUCUGUGUGUCUGUAUCUGUAUGCAUGUGUGCAUGAGUGCAAAUGUGUGUGUGAGAGAGAGUGAGAGCGUGUGUGUAAGAGUGUGUGUGUGUGUGUGUGUGUGAGUGUGUGUGUGUGAGAGAGAGAGUGUGUGUGAGUGAGAGAGAGUGUGUGUGUGAGUGUGUGAGAGAGAGUGUGUGUGUGAGAGAGAGUGUGUGUGUGUGAGAGAGAGAGAGAGAGUGCGUGUGUGAGAGAGUGUGUGUGUGAGAGAGUGUGUGUGUGUCUGUGUGUGUGUGAGAGAGAGUGUGUGUGAGAGAAAGAGUAUGCGUGUUUGUGUGAGAGAGAGAGUGUGUGUGUGUGAGAGAGAGUGUGUGUGUGUGAGAGAGAGAGUGUGUGUGUGAGAGUCUGUGUGUGUGUGUAUGUGAGAGUGUGUGUGUGUGUGUGUGUGUGUGAGAGAGAGAGAGUGUGUGCGUGUGUGAGAGAGAGAGUGUGUGAGAGUGAGUGUCUGUGUGUGUGAGAGAGAGCGUGUGUGUGUGUGUGUGUGUGUGUGAGAGAGAGAGUGUGUGCGUGUGUGAGAGAGAGAGUGUGUGAGAGAGAGUGUGUGUGUGUGAGAGAGAGAGUGUGUGUGUGAGAGUCUGUGUGUGUGUGUGUGUAUGUGAGAGUGUGUGUGUGUGUGUGUGUGUGAGAGAGAGAGUGUGUGUGUGUGAGAGAGAGAGAGAGUGUGUGUGUGUGUGUGUGUGUAUGUAUGUCUGUGUGUUGUGUGUUGGGGGGUGUAGUGUUUGAGCAUGUAUUAAUGGCGGUAGUAGACCUUUGUAUUUUGCUCUGGACACCUUGCUACCUGCCUCACCUCACCAGCAUUUUGCAGCCCCCUUCAGUCCCAGAGAGUAGCUCCUGGAGGAGAACAUUAUUCCACUCUCCACGAUUGCCAGGUCUGCUGAUUUUCUCCAGCAUUUUCUGAUUUUUAUUUCUGAUUUCCAGCUGUAUUAAGAUGAUCAUCAGAUAUUGUACAACAGAUAAUUGUACAAUAAUUAUAUUAUUAACUCUGGAUUUUAUUUAGAACUUUUCACUUUCUGUUUGUUAAAUUGCUAAUUAUUGUAAAAAACUGUGUCUGUGUCUGCACAGAGUAUGUAUGUCGUGUAACUUUGAUAAACCUCAAAGAAUUGGGCUCUAUGGAAUAUUUUUUAAAUUUUGCGAACAACGAGUUGUUCAAGAUCAGAUAGAAAACAGAAUGUAAAACAGUUCCAUUGUAUAUACUUUCAUUGACCUGUUUAAAUGUGUUAUAACAUAAUUCUGGAGCAGGUGGGACUUGAACUCUCUCCUCCACAUGGGGACACUAUCAUUGAACUACAACAGACCGUGCAGUAAGGUCUAAACAUUUCCAUUGGAGACAUUUUCUCAUCAACCUGGUAAGACACAUCUUCAAAGCAGGUGGGACUUAAACCCAGGCCUUCUGGCUUAAAGGCAGGGACAUUACCACUACACCAUAAAGUCCCUCUUAAGUGAGAUAUUGAGUCCAACUGGAUCCUAUAAUUAGAAACAAAUAAAUCAGGAUGGCUUGCUCAGAAUCAACUUUGUGAGUAAAUAUUCGAUUGGCUUCACCAGUGAUUACUGCUGGUAGUUAACAGUUAAGAAAGGAGAAAAAAAAGGGCCAUGAUUUUGGUGAUGGAAACAUUGUUCAGUUGUGCAUGAAACACUUCUGGGUCUGAGAAUUAUAAAUAAAUGAAUGUAUACAUUAAAUCACCCUACCUCCAAUCCUGGGUUCAAGCAUCACCUGUUCCAGAGGUGUGUGACAGCAUAUCUCAACAGAUCGAUUAAAAAAUAUAUAAAUUCAGUCAGCAACUGUAAGAGUUAAUCCCUAAUUUGUAAAAAGCCUGAUUUUGGUGGAGGGCAUAGCCACUUAGGGUUCAAAAUAAGGACUGAGUAAGACAUCAGUGUUUGCUCAUUAUUGGAACCUCCCAAGUCAGGAAUCAUGUCUAGAUCUCAAAGUGAAUCAGAGACGGAAUUUCAAAAGGAUUACACAUCAACAGACCAAUCACCUGAGUGGAAUUGAAAAGUAAUUGACUUGUCAUUAAGAAUAUCUUUCUCAUUUAAUAAA